CGCGGCGCGGCGGCAGGUGGGCGCUCGGAUGUUGAUAUCAACAUGGCGCUCGUCAGGCAGACAAAGACGGUCCGUCUGGGAAUGGUAAAUAACACCGAAGACCCCCACGAGGCUUUCUGACUUUCCCUCCCCAUGUAAAGUAUGCUCAGAACCUUUCCAGUAGUUCUGCUGGAAACCAUGUCUCACUACACAGAUGAACCCAGAUUUACCAUAGAGCAGAUAGACCUGCUUCAGCGCCUGAGACGUACGGGAAUGACCAGACAUGAAAUCCUCCAUGCCUUGGAAACUUUGGACCGUCUUGAUCAGGAGCAUAGUGACAAGUUUGGAAGAAGGUCUGGUUACGGCGGCGGUUCUUACGGCAACAGUACCAACAACGUCCCAGCAUCUUCUUCGACAGCCACAGCUUCCACGCAGACCCAGCACUCUGGGAUGUCCCCAUCACCCAGCAACAGUUACGACACCUCCCCACAGCCUUGCACUACUAAUCAGAACGGGAGGGAGAGUAACGAGAGGUUGUCGGCAUUCAACGGGAAGAUGUCUCCCACUCGCUAUCCGCUUGCGAACAGCUUGGCUCAAAGGUCGUACAGUUUCGAAGCCUCGGAAGAGGACCUGGACAUAGAUGACAAAGUAGAAGAAUUGAUGAGGAGGGACAGCAGCGUGAUAAAGGAGGAAAUCAAAGCCUUUCUAGCCAAUCGGAGGAUUUCCCAAGCAGUUGUUGCACAGGUAACAGGUAUCAGCCAGAGCCGGAUCUCCCAUUGGCUGUUGCAGCAGGGAUCAGACCUGAGUGAACAAAAGAAAAGGGCAUUUUACAGAUGGUACCAGCUUGAGAAGACAAACCCCGGGGCUACGUUAAGCAUGAGACCUGCUCCUAUCCCAGUAGAAGAGCCAGAAUGGAGACAGACACCUCCCCCAGUCACAGCUACCUCUGGGACCUUCAGACUACGGCGGGGCAGUCGGUUCACGUGGAGGAAGGAGUGCCUGGCUGUUAUGGAGAGUUACUUCAAUGAGAAUCAAUAUCCCGAUGAGGCAAAGAGAGAAGAAAUUGCAAACGCCUGUAAUGCAGUUAUACAAAAGCCAGGCAAAAAGUUGUCAGAUCUGGAACGAGUUACCUCCCUCAAAGUGUACAACUGGUUUGCCAACCGAAGAAAGGAAAUCAAGAGAAGAGCCAAUAUCGAAGCAGCAAUCCUGGAGAGCCAUGGGAUAGAUGUACAGAGUCCUGGAGGCCACUCCAACAGCGACGAUGUGGACGGGAAUGACUAUUCAGAGCAGGACACUUGGCAAGUACGCAAUGGGGAGGAGGAGGGACGAUGUUCAGAGGGAGGCAGAGAAGCAGAGAAGGUAGAAGAAGACAGGAGGAUCUGCUCCAAACAAGAUGACAGCACUAGCCAUAGUGACCAUCAAGACCCUAUUUCAUUAGCCGUGGAAAUGGCAGCGGUAAACCAUACCAUCUUGGCAUUGGCCCGGCAAGGAGCUAACGAGAUCAAGACAGAGGCUCUAGACGACGACUGAUACAAAGAAGGGGGAGGGUCAAAACAAGAAGUAACUUAGUUUUAGACGUAGCACCUUAGCAGACUUUCCUCGGUCCUUAAUAUGUGUUCUUACAGUAUAACUUUGCAGUUUCUUGUACGUCAGUUAGCUGUUAGGGUCUUGUUCUGUGAAGAUGGCAUGGUGCCCUCAGCCUUUGCAUAUACUCUCUCAGUAUUAAUUCCCAGUAAAUAAUCAAUCAACCAACCAACCAACCUCCCUCUCCCAGCCCCAGUGGCUAGAAAAUCUUGCUGCUCUGUCUUAGCAUUCAAAGUGCUUCCAGGUAUUUUAGACAGCCCUCAAUUACAAGUCUUAGGCUACACUUAAAAUCUUGGAUACCCUUAGACAUCAUGUAAAACUAGUCUCUAGGCUUUUCCUUCUCCAAGACUGAAAGGAUGCAAGCUGAGGUAGUGGCACAGGGUCGAUGGACACCAUAUUGGGAGUAUCAACAGAGAGUAAAAAGAACACUAGAAACCCCACGUCAGCCUGGGAACACGCGAUUUCCAGCUGCAAUAAGCCGUGCCUCACUGGUCACACAGUGACUUGAUAUACUUCUUUUGGGUGCUGUGCUGAGAAUGUCCAUUGGAAACACAUUCACACAUUUUGGUUGAUGUUCACAUAGUCAACACAGACAUCCUAUCCUCUACUCUCACAAGCUGCGUGGCUUAGUGGAUAAAAUACUGCCUUCUGCCUCUGGGACCAUGAUAGAAGCCCAGCCUGGGAUCACAUGAAAAAUGAGCUGAAUGUCUAAUGGACGACAGUCCACUUCUCAAAACCACUAUUCAUUAUCUGGCAUGUCUAGCAGUGCCUGCUCAGAAGAGGUCUAGACUCUAUUGCGCUAUCUUAACGCAACUUCGCUUUUUCUUCUUCCUCCCACCUUUUACCCCUUCUGCUUGCCCCUCUCAAAAGCAGUGUUUUCAAGGAAGGUAUUAAGGUCACAGAAUGGGUGAAUGAGGUUUUUUUUUGCAAAUCUGUGUAAGCUAAUGCCUGCAUCCUAACCAGACUGAAAGGCUAACGGGGGACUUUGGUACCUAAUUUCUGCUAGUUAACCAUCAUGACACAGCUCUCCCAAACACAAAUGCUUUUUUUUGUAAAAGGCAGGAAGAUUGCCUGCUCAAGAAAUGGGGUGUGAAUGUUUUUGUGUUCUCUUUACUCUGGCCUUGUUAAGGUGUGAGAAAACUAUACUGCUGCGAGCAAUUUAAUUAAUAAUUGGAAGCCAUACUGCUAAUGGAUGUGGUAAUACUUGUAAAGGAAACCUACUUUAAGUAGCAGAAACUAAUGGAAUGGUUUUUUCCUUGAUCAUAUGUAGCACUUUUGUUACUUUUUUCUUAAAGAUAUUUAUAUUUGAUAAAUCUUUUUUUAUCAUUUGAGAAGUCCAAAUACCAAACGGCAAACUUGCAUUACUGAGUCACCCUGCGAUCACCUUGUCAUCUAGUAUCUGAAUGAUGAACUGUGUGUGCAUCUAAGAAAAUUACAUCUGCUGGCAUUGUGUGGAAAUGAUCUCUUGGCAUCCUGAUAAAAUGAUAUGCGGCUGCCGGUAAAAGGAAACUAUUCAGUGGAAGCAGCACAGGAUGUGUUAGAGAUGGGCAAGACUGUGUUACAUUUUUUUAAAACAAAUUUAAUAAAUUUACAUAGCAUUUCCACUACAUCCCAUUUUCUCUUCCCUGCUGCAUGGAGUUAGCUUACGGAGGAAGGGGGCUUCGUUGAGGAAGCACGGGUUUCCUCUUUUCUUUUGAAUGUCCACUUUUCAAGAGAGUGGGAAGUUCCUAUGCCUUGGCUUGGUCUUCUGUUUUCCCUCUGCCUUGCACCACGCCUGCAAGUUGGAACCGGGAGAACGAGUUGCCAAGUCUUUAAAAAAAUUAAAGAGGAAACUGUGGCUCCCAAGCAGGUUUUUAGCCAGCCUAAACCCCUUUAUUUAGGGCACAGAUUGACUUGAUCAUCUUUACUGUCUGUAAAUCUUGUGACGACUACUUGGGUAAAGUGGGGAGGGAGCGGCGGGGUCUGUGCUUUGUCUCUGUAACUCUAGAGGAUCGGCAGGGCUUGCCCCUGUCUUUCAUUUAUGGAUUUCAUUGGAGGAUUUAUAUCCCCGAAGCAGAAAGAAGCCAUCUUUUUGUUUUAUUGUGUUCUCUGAGUAGGCAACUUCGCAAGUCCCAUCAGGGCAGACUCAGGAAAGGAAGACACUGUGCAGACCCCGUUGUGGUUUUUCUCUCUUCCGGCCUGCCUACAUGGGGGCGGUUGGAUUUCCCAACCAGAGAAACACCCAAGCGUGCCCCACCCGCUCGAUCCUGCUCGCACACUCCAAGCCCAAAAAUAUGCCAGCGAGGCCACUGCAAGACACCCCUCUGUGCUCGCUCUCGAGACCUCGGUCUCCAGCGUCUGUGGACCGCUGUGGAGCGGCUUUGGCAGCAUCUUUCUGCAUGGGAGAGUGAGACCAGGAGCAGGUGGGCAGCGUGGGGGGCCCUUGCAGCCAGGACACAGAGCCAUCACGGGGGAGACGUGCCUUUUGGGUCUGUGUGAAUCUCUCAGUGCCAGGAAGCAAAGGGAGAGGGGGUUUGUUGUGGAGCAGAAUGAUCCAGCAAACUCGCUUCAGUGGAAUUUUACCUACUUAUUCAUACUGCAGUCACACACAGGGCUGACAGGCAACAUCCACGAUUUAUUGUAAGGAGAUUUUAAUAAUCGAUGGCCUCUUUAUGUUGGGGAUGCCACGACCAUUUAUUCUAGCUGUUUCAUUUUAAAAAGAACAGAAUCAAACUGUUGGACGGCUGCAAUUUCAGAAGAAAUAUGGCUUAAACCGCGCCUAAAAAAAAAAAAUCAUGGUUUCAGACAACACCUUUUUCAGAGACAUCGGGAAGAAUAAAACGAAUGCGGUAAAGUCCAGACUCUGCGUGUUGCUGCCGUGGUGGGAGUUUGCAGCAGCGCCCCUAAAAUAGCGGCGCUGCGUGCUGGCAUACAUGAGGAAAUGUGGCUCCGGCGCUGACUAGCACCGUCAUGCCGUUGCUGUAUCUCAUAACGCAGCUCCCAUUAUAAGGGAUAGGCAGAUGAAUCAUUUGUGUACAAUUAGAGAUCAGUGAGCCCUCCUGACUUGCUGCUUGUUAGUAUGCAGCAGCCUCCCCUCUCCAGAGGAUGAUCACAGGCAGACUGUAAAAAAAAGAAAUCCUGGCUAGGGCUACACAGGUGCUACCUCCAUUUCUCUCUUGAGGUCCCAGAUAAUACGAGGAAGGAAUUCACUCCUAGACAUCACUAAUUUGCUGAUGGCAUUCAGUUUUAUCGUCUCUUUGCUGUCAGCCCAUGGCGGAGGUUUCCUGACUAGCAGGCACUUUUGCUUUGAUGAAUGAUAGCUGGUCAGUAUUUAAGCUGUGGGAACCUGGGGCUGACAUUACCCCUGCGAGCGGCUGCUGCAGCCCUGUUGCUCAGGGCAAAGGAAAUGCUACUACUGGUGAGAUAUAUCAAGUGCGCUGGGUGUCCCCCUCACCCAGGGAAGCUUCAACAGCCCUCUUGGGGGCCGUUUCCAUCUCCAGGUUUCUUUUAAAGUCAGGCCUCAUCUCUACGCUGUUCAGACGUUGAGCACAUCCAAGCGUUAAUUGACUCUCACUUCGGUUCCCUUUGAAAUGGAUCUGGGAGCUGAAUCCGUUCCAGGAGGCAGCUCUCCUCUCGUUCUGCCGACAAGGGCGAGGGAACGGAGGAUGCCUUCCGCGAUACGCGCUGGUCUCUGGUACGCUAGCAGACUUCAUGCUGGCUCACGAUGCCUUUGAGACGGGACUCAGCGUCUCUUGCCAUCCUCCAAAGCCAGAGGCGUGGGCUGGACUGCGCGUGCUGCCUGAACCGAGCCUGGUGCAUUCGCGCUGGGACUCCUGCCCGUGAAGUUGCUCAGGGUUCCCUGGCGGCCGUCUCCUGGCUCCAGGUCAGGUCUUUCUUUUCAGGUUCAUUCAUCUUUGACCAUUUUAUAGUUCACCUUUUCUUCCACUCCCCCCUUCUGCUUCUUUGCCCAGGUUGUCUGGGCCGAAUGCAUUAAUUUAAAUGUUUUUACCGAGUCCCAGCUUUUUCCAAAGGAUCCAUAAAGUGAUAAUUAAAAUAAGUAGACACAGCAGCAAGCCAAUGGCUUUUCUUUUGAUGCCCUGCUGCUGUAGAGGCAUCUUUGCAUAUGUUACUUACUAACGUAUCAUUACAACACCGCUAAUUGGCUCAUACGGACAGGUUCUGGCCAAAUCGGGGGGGUUUAGCUAAAACCCAUGAAUAUUUUUCAGCCGCUCUGUGUCCGUCUACUUUGCAGGAAGAAUUUUCAUCCUAUGAGAAAUGGAUCUAAAAUGCAAAGUCUGGAUCCAGCUUCCUAACAUCCUGGAGUAAUUAGCUUCAUAAUUUUGGUUCAGACAACCUGUAACUGCAGUUGCAACCUGCACGGCUUAUGGUUCACUUCUUCAUUUCUCGCACACUCUUAUUUUGUGCCAUUGACCAAAAAGGAGUUGAAUGAGUCUGUUUUUAUCACCAGCAUUCAUUGACCAGCCUUUCCCGUGGCUGGGAUUUUUAAUUUUGUUUUUUAGAUUUGACAAGCUAUAGGAAUCGCUUUCUUUUGCAAUUUGGCAAGAUGAUGGCUAUCGCGUCUCAUGAAAAGGUAGUAAAAUCAUAGAUACGUAAUGGCUUUAUAGCAGUAGGACGGUCACCUGGUAUCCAGAAUAUUAGAAAUGUCGGACUGUUUUGCCUUCAAAGAGGGGAAGCUAGCAACCUAAUUUCCCUAAUGUUUUCAGCUUCACUCUUUGACGUAAAAACUUUCUUGCAGUGCCGGCUGUAGACAAAAACAUCAUGCUAGCUUCCCUUGGGUGGUCUAAUUAGACACAUCACUCAGAGGUUAUCUGGAAAUUGCAGCUGGAUUCCACUGGUCGGCUGGAUACCGUCCUUGAUCCCGCGUACGAAUCAGAGCUGCAAAAGCGGUGUGAAGAUUUUUAAGGACACAUAACACCACAACCGCUCCCAAACCAUAGAUUCCCACUUUCCUCCAUGACGUUUUUUGAGUCCAAGACUUAGGUUUGAGUUCAUCUCUGGUCUCUUAUAUACCGUGAGUAAGGGACCGUGAGAACUGGUCACUGUGAUGGUGUUUACUGUGGAUUUUGCGUAGAGGAAAAUCUUCCUUCGAAUUCCCGUCGAAGCAGUUCGUUUCUGAUACCUGUGCAAGUUGCUAGGUUUGUAUUUCCACUAGCCCGGGCGUUGUGAUUUCAGUAUUGCUUGGUCUUCAUCCGCUAGGGAAUUCCUUUCUUCUUUCAGGUCGCAGUUUGCUGCGUUGUGACCAGCAAAUUCUGCCCGUCUCAUCAGAAGAAACUUCCUUGCUCUUACUCAGCAAAGGGCUUCCCGUCCAAGUAGUAGUUGCACUCUUUAAUGCUAUUUUUUUAUUGACCAAUACUAGAUUUUUAUUAAAAUCUUAAACUUUUAGGCAAUAAUCUUGUUUUGGUUUGGUCUCUUUCAUUUGACACGGGUCUUAUUGCUUUGGCAAGUUUUUUUGGGAGGGGGGGGAAAUAUUUGUAUGUCAGUGAAGUCAAACGUGUAUUCGUUGUUGUUAGGCAGUUGUGGGUUUGUCUUUUGGUUUCUAAUGCCUUCCUGUUGUAUUAAUUGGGGCUGUAUAGAGACCGGCUCACUUGUUUGCAGUUUUACCGAGUCAGAUAUUUUCAUUAAUAUUCCCUUGGGGUCAGGUUGGUGACUGAUCAGCAGCGUGCUGCAGUUCCUACCAGGCUUUUCAACAUAAAACAUUCCUCCUUCUGCUUUUUUACAGCUAGGAUAUUUACUCAGGAUUUUGACUCAGCUGUCAGCCAACAGACAUUUGGCUAACUGAAGAGUGACCCGCAAACCUUCUCUUUACAUUUCCACUAAUGCGAUUUGCAGUCUCGAAACUGUCCCAUUUAAAGCUAUGGCACGCUCUGUGAAAAAGAGGUAUUUCAGAGGUGGCAGCUACAAAUUAGAUUUCAAAGGUAACAAAACGUAUUUGUCUCUUUUGAGCGAGAUGCUUUAUAACUACAGGAGCAGGCUCGCUCAUUGGAGCACGAUCAGCAGCCGAUACGUUUUGAAGGUGGCAUUGGGGGGAAAAGGGCUCUCUUUGGCCAGCCCAAGGGUUUCGCCCGCUCUCCUUUUUUUUAAAUGGUAGUUUCAUAGCAUCAGUGAAACAUGGAGGUGCAAUAAAUAUAUCUAGGGAUCUAAGAAAUUGUCUGUCCUCUUGACCUAGUGUUUUAUACCCAGAAGUAUCUUGGAGUGAUUUGUUCAUGUCUGUUUUUCAGCUCUCUGUCUAUCAACCAUACUUGAUUCGGUGGCCAAAAUGAUACGGACAGUAGUAUACCGGAAUCGGCUCCCCGAGUUAGAGGACAGCAGCAGGCUCUUUACGGAAAUGCGUGUCGUACUUCAGUUUGUAUUAACUGGGAAAUUUAUGUAAAUAUAUUUGGUUUCUUCAGGGUCUCUCUUACCCAGCCUCACUAAGGUGGUUUUGAAGUACUCGGCCUUAUCAUUUCAAAGCGCUAUAUCACACUGACAGAUUGUCAAAGAAAGAUAUGCCAAUUAUCUUUUUUUAAUCCCUUUGCGUGAUUGGCUCUUUAGUUUUCGCCAGCCUGAGAAAUAGCAGUCCGCGGAUACUCCACGGCUUCGUGCUUUGCAAGUUCUUUCCGGGAAGCACUAACUGCUCCAGCCAGCAGUGCAGAUGAUACAAGUAGGCGCGCGUGUAGUAAUACUAUUGAGCCAUAGUGAACUGCAUAAUGGAUCUGUGAUAUCCGUGUACAGUGCAGCCCGUACGAGCGUCGUGCCAAAUUGUCCAUUCCAUUUCCAUUUUCUCUCUCUCGUUUUUAAUGGGAGCCGGUGUACUCUGCUGUAAUUCACUCUCAAAUUCCUACUGAUCUGUGUUGUGAUCAGGCGAAGGUUUUGCUAAUUCUUUUCAAACUGUAGCCAUGGUAAUUGGGUGGGUAGAGCGAAUACAUAAAAGUGUAAUGGCCGUUGUUCUAAAUGACUGGGCGUCCUCCUGACAUGUAAUUAGCUGCUUUAGGAAGACGUAGAUUGGCAUGGUCAUAAUUAAAUGGAUUUCUGUCCUUUAUGUGCUUGAGAACAGCAGAUCUUCCACCCUCUAAUUCCCUUCAGUACCAAUGUCCUCAACUGUUUGGAACAGCUACUUAGUAAACUCAAACGAUGACCUGUUCCUGCUGGUGGGACUUAUAAUGCUGGAGACGAAAACGGCCUUUAGUUUCCUGUGGAAAGCUGCUUUCUCUUGUCUUGGCCAUAUCUGCCUUGUUUCUUAUUGUGUCACAGUAUUGUUUUUUAAAUGCAAAGACUUCAUGUUUUCCAUUUCUGCAAGGCUGAUUGCUAGCUAACCAGAACACCGGUUCAGUUCAUUAUCAGCAUUAUUAUUUAUUUUUGUUGCUGGCGUGUCUAAGAGCCUUAGUCACGGACCAGCACCCAGGUUUGCUACCUACAUUGCUUUCAUCCUGACCCAGUCAUGGGAAUAUGCCAGUUGUAUUGUGGGUGUCCAAGCAUGGACUAGACACCUCUGAUGUCUGCUUUAAGUCGUCUUCUUGUGGUGUCUUAUUCUGCUAUAUUAGUAGCAGUUCCAAGUUUAUUGCUUCUUGAUUACUAGACUGUUCAUCAUUGCUUUAGGCAUUCAUUCAGCAUAUGCCUCCAAUAUAACAUGUGAUGGAGGAUCACGCACGGUGGUGAGCCAAGCUGCCUUCACUCACUGCCCACUAAUGCUUUCCCAUGCGCUUUUUUGGAGUUGACCAGUAAGCAGCUUUUUCUGCUAACAGAUCUUGAGUACAGCUGGGCUACAGCUAGACUGCAAUCUCUCCCCUAAAUUUUCUCACCACUGUUUCCACAAGUGCAGCUCUUGUCACUGUCAUUCUCUUGGAGAGACCACAUUUAGGGAUUUGGGCACACGAAAGGUGCGGGUCGGUCCCUGCUGGGAUUUAAAAAGGUGUCUGAGCAGGUUAGGUACCCAGUUGUCGUUGACUUCCAAAGGGAGCUAGAAAUCUAACCCAGCCAGGUACUUUUUGUGAAUCCUACUAGAAAGUUGUCUGCAUCUGGAGGGGACUCCAUGCCUUGGAAAUCUGGCCCGUUGAUCAGUGCGAGCCAGGCUGACACGGUGGUUAAAGUGUUGUUGACUCUCACUCUUCCAGUGCUGCCAGUGUUAGCGGCUGGAAAUUUUGGAGCCAGGGUCAAGAGAGUUGACUGUAAUAUGUAUAAAGCUUUAGACAUUGGCUGUUACUGAUUGCUGGCAUCUGUUUAACUUCCUGAAGUCUUCGCUUAUUUGCCUAAUUAUAGUCUUAGAUGUGAUGUCAAGACCAGAAAAGUCACAUUAGUGAUAUACCUUUAUAAUUAAGAAGUUAACCUCAGCCUUCCCUUACAUUUGACAUCAUUUCAGAAUUUUUAUAGUUAUCUAUUGAAUCGUUGGAGGAGAGUAAAACGAGAUAAUGGAAAGUAAAUCGUUAAUAAAUCUUCUCCACCCCAUAUAUUCCAUUAAGAAUAUUAAGUAUAUAUUUCAUUCCUUGAGGCAUAUUUGACUUUGGUAAUGCUUAUUAUUUAAGUUUCCCUGCUGAUAAAGUUGCUGCUAUCUCAUCUUGACAGGACUUUGGAAACAGCACCGUAAACAUGCCUGUACCGCUAGCCAGAGCCGGGGACCUGGAGUUAUCAGCUCAUCAAGCAGAUUUUCUUGCUCGGUAGUGUGAGGCAUUGUGUUUGUCUGUUGUGACUAGCAACCAUACCUUUGAGACUAAAAUUGAAUCAGAUCUUCCUUAGCACAUUUCAAGCUGCCUUUUUUUCCAAGAUGUUGGGUACACAGUCCACGUGUGCUUUCCAAGAGAGAAUAGGGAAUUGUGCCUUAUGUCUCUAAACAUUAUAGAGCUUUGGUUAUUUUAUAAUAAAUGCCUUUUUAACAGAAGUCCUCAGAUCGCUUUCGGUUUCACAAACGUGUGCUUAGAGCGGGAAACAGAUAAAUGUGGUCUUGAGCAAAAGGUGGCUUUGUAAACAGUGGGUAUGUCGACACGCGCACACUUACUGCGCACUAACCUAAAAUUACUGUGCGAUACGGGCAUGUGUGUACUGCACAGUAACUAUGGCGACUUAUGCUGACAUGGGCGUAAAUCUGCUACCGGCAUAAUGCAGGUAGCAAAUUUACACUCGAGUAGUUACUGUGCAGUAAUGCACAUGUAGAUGUGAAACUGCACAGUAACACUGUAUGUUUGGACUGACUUAGGACUAACUUUACUCCCAAGUCGGUCCACACACAGCAUUACUGAGCUGUAACACCUGCAUGUGUAGACACCGGCUUAAAAACCACUUACUGCACAGUAAUUUACUGCACAGUAAAUGCACGUGUAGACACGCCCAGCGUCACUCUGUUACUUCCUGGACUUUCUUUGUUACCUUCUGAAUUAAAUCUGCUUAAUUUACUGGCGCACAUACAUGUUUAACCUAGGCAGUGUCCAACAGUUGAGUAGCUAUAGAAGAACGAGGGUUGUCCCAUCCUGUUGUGCGCCAGCUGCUGUUACAGCCGAGACAUGCUCUGGAUUGGGCCACAGUUCUGAUUGCAGGGUCAAGAAGGAUCAGAUAUGGAGGCUGGUGAAACUUUGCUUUGAUUUUUGCAAAGAAAAGAGGACAUUUGACAGGACUAUCUCCUAACAAAUAGAGAGACUAGGAAGAGCCUACCUAGUCGUGUGCUCCCUUCCCUAAAGCAGGACUGCCCAGACAGCUUCGCUCCUUUAACUGCCUCUCUCCAAAAGCUUCCGGUGAUUGGGCUUCCACUACUUACCUUGCUCAACUUAAAGUUAUUCCUGACAUUUGAGCCUCAGUUUCCUUCCUACACAUACCUCCCUAGACUGCUGUGAGCCGUGGAUUUCCUUCUGAAGCCAACUCUUUUUCCAGGUGAAGACUCGGCCCCUUCUUUCCAAGCUGCACUCCUGUUUCUGUAUAUGCCACUGUCCGCUUCCCUGAUCCCAUAUUCCUCAUCGCCGUCUCACCUCAGUAGGCCUUUCCUGAAUUGCCUCCACUUGACUUCUAAUUUCUUAUACUUGAAGAGCCCCAGCCUGAACCCUGUACAGUUAGCAUCACUUAUUAUGCAUCUCUGAAGCACAGGGCUCCCAUCAACCUCUUCGUCAGAAGAGCACGACACAUCCAACCCAGCGUGGCACCGAAUUUGGUUUUCGGUGCAUUGUGAAAUGAAUUUUUAUUUUCUAUUUACCCGGAGGCCCCAUUUUUUCCUCAAUAACCUCCUUUCCCCACUUACUUUUGAAGCUUAGAUAAGUCAGUAAAUCUGGAGAACAGCAGCUCUAAAUAUUGUCUUCUCAUUAGUAUCUAAACGAACCCUUACCUGGGCAGUCGACCUGCCAGAAUAGGGUAAGUCCCUGCACCUCAGUAGAUGAUGGGAUACCAGCAAAUAAUUUUCAAGUAUGACAAAGUGUUUCACCUACUGGAGUCUUUCGCAACCAACUAAUUUGACAUUUGUAGCACACAAUUAAGGCCCUCAGGUUUGUCUGAUCUGAUUAGUUCUUUAUGUAAAUCACUGUUUAGUGCUUACCUCCUUGCAUCAAGAUUACUUGUUGUUUCCCACACCCUUUCUUCCCCCUUACAAUCUAAAAAUGACUCUCUCUUCUUGUUUGGCGCCUUCCUACCUUCUCCAGGUACAGGCACUUUAUUACUUUUGAGCUUUUGGGCAGAUUAUUUAGCCAGUUUUUUAAUCCAGUUGAAUAUUACUUCUGUCCAAGUCAACAUAUGUUAACGCUUCCCCUAGGAUGUCAUACGGUGUUGUAUCAAAUGCCUACUCAAAGUCCAGAUAUAUAUUGUCCACACCAAAGUAUAGAUAUGAGACAUUUUAUAAAGUCCGCUCUCUGUCCGUAAAAAAAAAAAAUAUUGACUCAUAAAUUCGGGCAAUUUACAGAUGGUUUUUCACUCGCAACAUCCUGAACGACAUAACUCAGUGCCAAGGGUUUUGGACCACAGUUAAAGGACACUGCCAGGACAUUAUGUUUCAAGGAUUAAUUGUGUUAUGUUCUCUCUCCUGAUGCUGGAAACUUUUAACUGGGGAGAGUUGUUUGUGCUUUCUUGGUUUGCACACUGGGUUUAUAUUGCCCGUCUCUUUAUCCUCGGAGCUUCAAGGAGGAUAAACAGAUCUGCAAGUCCAAGAGACUUCCUAGUGAGCUCAGUGCUCACCUCUUGCAGGUCUGAGACCUGCUGUUCACGCUUUACAGCCAGGAUAGUUUUUAUUUGCUUAGGUAAGAGGUGGGUUGGACAAAUGUGAGCCGAAGGGAUUGCUUGCAUUUUGCUGAUGGAGUAUAUACAACCACGGUUCACGUACUGGUUUUCCAACCGUGACUAUCACCCGGUGACACCUCUCUCCAUUCCCCAGCUGCUGGGUACAUCCCAGAGUCAGCCUGAGUCCGGCUCCCCAUGUUCCCCCGUUCCCAGUGGACCUUGUCCCAACUCAACCCAGCUCAUUCAUUUGCAGGUAGCAGUUUCUCAUUGCGGUGCUUGUAGAAAAGCAGAAACACCCUCGCAGGCCUUUUACAUCCAGCUGUCGUGUUAGCGUCAUCGUUCUGCGCUGCGUGCGAGCCGGGCUGGGGGAGAGCGGGGUGAGCCCCCAGGCCCUGCCUGAGCAAGCCACUGAACCAAGAGAAAGCAAGGCUAGUAUGGGAAUAACCCAUCCCAACGAGAUCUAGUUCCUACAGCGCUGUGGCCUACGGGUGACCGAUAAGCCAGUUGCAUCCCUAGGGCGCUCUCUUUUCCUUGACUUUAUAAUCUUUCCAAGCCUGCUGGCUGCCCAGUAAGUGGGAAAUGUGUGCUGGACCUUGAUUUUUUUAAAAUUUUUUUUAUUAUUAUUGUCAAUUUAAAAAGUGCCUAAGUAGCAGGUCUCUAGAGUGGAUUGGAGGAAUCGAGCUAGACCUCGCGUCCCUCCGAAGAAGAGGCUCCUGUCUGCGGUCCUUCCAGGCGCAAAACUCCCAGCAACUUGAGCGGGAGUCCCGGGCCUGGAGCCCCCGCAGACACAGGCCGGAAAGAAAUCCUCGUUGCUUCCUCCUGCUGCCUUUCCCCUCCCCGCCUUGCACCGGAUACUUGUUUGUAGUUGUCUUAGGAAGCUCGUAUUGCUCAGUAAGAUCCUUAUAAUCUUUGUUUUGAAGGGUGGGGGGGCAGAAAAGCCUUCAACAGAAUUCAGUCUCUGCUUAUUAAAUGAUAGGAAGCUGCCUGUAGGAUCCCAGUGACAAAUGAUUGUGUGUGUAUGAAUCAUGCAUAUCUGGAUAAACAUACAUCCGAGCGUCUGGAUAGGAGUGACUAAUGCGCAUACAUAAUCACCACUCGGAGUCGUAGACGCAGUUUCCUUCUAUAUUCUUAAUUAUUUCUAGGUUUACGAUAGUGACACCUGUUCAACAUCGUGUCAAAACCAUUUAACCAUUGGCAGGUGGUUAUCAUUUUGUAAACACGUCCAUGAAAAUUUAAUGCUGAUAAAAAUAUAGGCAUCUUCAGUGCUGGCUUAAAAAAAAAACCCAACCAAAACCCCGUAUGAAGGGAGACUUAUAUUUUGUGACUGUACUAAAAACAAAUGAUACAAUAAAACACCACCAUUAGGAUUUAUUGGUACCACUUAAGGAUCCCGACAACGAUAGCAAUCCAUAUGUAGAUGCUUUAUUUUUCAUUAAUAAUAGGAUGUUGAUUUUGUUCUGACAAUUUAAUAAUGUGUAUGAGUUGCGAAGCCGUAGGUAAUUACUCUUGGUGAAGCUAGCCAUGAGUAGAUCUCUUCUGCAGAGGACAGAAAAUUAAGUUGGAGGACGAUGACGGGUGUUGAUAAAGCAAUGAUCAAAUGGGAAUCUAUUGCUGUGGUACUAAUGAAAAUGAAGUCUCCGCGGAGCCUGUAACACGCGCGGGCUGUCCAGCAUCGCCCCGUCACCCGGCGCUAUCGAUGCCUUUUUUACAGGGGUCCUUUUUUUUUUUUAACAGAGUGAUUGUCAAUAGCCGUGGUCGUAAUUGAAACGAGAUUAAUGUGAUCGCGAGUCUUGCAAACCUAGACGUGGAACGGUAUCAGAGGCAAAAAAAAAGGAAAGAAAAGAAAAGAAAAAUCUAUUUCUUUAGCGUGACUGGAUUUGAAUGUGCAAAAAACAGAAAAAAAGCCCAGCAAAGUGGUAGGGCGUCCCAUUUUUCAUUUCAGAAGUCUGUGCAUCUUCAUUUUGUCUCCACGUAACACCGACUCCGGGGCGAGGGGAGGGACCAGCCGACCGUGCGUCCGUGUUGAUGAAAUGGCGAGUAAGCAUGACUACAGGCGCGGCAGUCACCCGCGGUUAUUUCGCGUGUCUGCCAAAUGCAUAGAUGAGCCGCGGCCGAUCUUUGCUGGUCAACGUAAGCCCGCCAGCCAGUUUCCUUCUGUGUCUGUUUUUGUCCCGAGUUUUCGUGCACCCUCCAUCUCCCAUAACGCGCGCCCUUGAUGGAAGCCAUCCCCGUGUCUCAUCUGCUGUAGGUGUUCGGCCUACCUCAAAAGGGAACCGUGGUGUCCUAGACUCAUCCAUCCACAAUCUCGUUCGCAUUAGCACUAACGCCCACUCCCGCGCCUCCAUCCACACACUGGAAUGUAUAUCCCCCUCCCCCCGUGAGUAACCUCUUGACCUGGUCCUUGCUGUAGCCACCACCAACUCCUAUUGCAAAUUGGAUGCUGCUUUAAAUGUGAAAACAAUUGUUCAAAAAGCUAUAAAAACCUGAAUGAAAGCUAAAGCUGAAUUUAUAAGCCUUGUUGCAUAUGAGCCAAAAGUGCAAAAAGCUCUAUAUAAUGAACUAACCUGCCACUCAUAUAAAUAUAAAUAUAUAUAAAUAUAUUAAAAUCAGACUGUUCUACAAAAUUGUGUAUUUGUAUUUUUGUGUACGUACAAUUUUCUGCUAAGCAGAAGGAGGAUGUAGUAUAGGAUGAUGUGAGAAGAGAUUUUGUUUAAUCAUAUUUCUCGGUUACUUAUUUUUGUUAACAUCCAGAUGCCUGUCUUUGUCUUAUAUGUGUAUGACACUGUUCGGAAGCUGCAGUAUCCCUCUCCCCCAGGUAGCUUUGAAUCGGAUAUUUUCAACCCUUUCCGUGCCGAGGGCAUUGGGUAACGCGGGCAGCAUCGCCGGGCGGCACGGCGAGCCUGGGUCAGUUUGUCUGAACAGGGCCUCUUGCUUGCCUGAAAGGGCGCGUACGCCACUCGCGUCCCCAACAGGCCGUGGGAAGAGACAUCCGACUCCCACGGCCAUCAGUGACGCUGGGGAGCCUCGCAGGACAGGGCGCUUUUCCAGUCUCCGCGGCCCCUAGUUGAUCCUUGGCCCCGAACCACAGCGCACCGAGCAGAGCAGCGGCGGGAGGGAGCGGGCCCAGGAGCACCCCACUGGUAGGAAGCAGCCGGCAGAGCAAGGAGCCCCACGCGGCCGUACCGUCCCCCACGAGGGAGAGGGCCUCUGGACACGGCUCUGCAAGAGGGCGAGGGAAAGGGCACGGGGGUCUCGGCUGCUGCCUCCACUGCAGGGCGGUCUUCCUCCCCGGGGAAGCACAUCUGGGGCAUCUCUCUCUGUUAGGCUUGAAAAAAAAAAUCUGCAUCAAGCUCCCCAAACACUACGGCAUCCCGUUUGCACCAUAAUUUGGGCCAGGCUCUAAGGUUUCCCGCUGUGCAUCUUAUUCGGUAAGAGCCGGUCCCUUCGUCUACGGCUCGAUCCGGCUUGCCACGAAGCCUCCAAAAAUUCCUUGGAAAAAUUGCCGAGUUUGCCCAGAGCCCAAACGCAUCCCCGCGCUGGUCGUUGCGUGUAGCUGCUGUCUAAACAAAGGAAGAAGGAGGCUUGCGCUUUGCGUGUGCGCUGGGAACACGACACGAGAGCCGGGGCUGGGGAGGGGAUGAAAGCAGGGCCGGGGCACAGCGUGAGCGAGGUACAGUCUUGUUGCUGUAGGGAACGGGUCUGGGCUCUGCAUCCUGCUCGGGCGCAGACUUGCUGCGUAGCCUUGAAGCAAGUCACAUCCUUGUCCCAUGCCUCAGUUUUUCCAUCUGCAAAAUGGGGAUAAUAAUGCCUCGCUUUUGUAAAGCACUUCCUGACACGGGAGGUGUUAUACAAAGGGAAGGUUUUAUUAAGUUCUCCCCUUCUGCCCCAUAGUUGUUUUCUCCUCUUCUUUUUGUUUUUCCAAUUUACUUUUGAAAUGACUGUUGCCACAGGGAGAGGGAUACUGCAUCUCUACACGUAGGGCUCAUAUUUAUAACAAUGUGUAAUGACUGUAGCAGAAGUCCUUGUUUCUAUAUGUGAAUGGACAGAGAAACAAGUGCUCUAUUGUAUUGGUUAAACUAGUUAAAAUGAGUCCUGUAUCAUUGUAUCUCCUAUUCUGGAUUAGUGCCUUUUGGACAGUAGACUGUUCUGUAAUUAAACUGUAGUAUAACUGCUUUUUUGUACAGUUUUGUUUUAAUAAAACUUUUUUUUAAUUUGUGUUUAUUUUAGUAUUGUACCUAUUAGAAAAUAAAAAUGUAUAACUGAACAAA